GCAUUGCCCCCCACACAGCAGCCAUUUGCUCCUCAGGCCGGGCCAGGCCCUGCCUUCACCGGAAGUGACGCUCCCUGGAGCCGGCGUUUGUUGUUAGCGACCGUCUCCAUGGCAACGCGCACUCGCCGUCUCCCCUUCCACCAACUGCACCUUCUCCGGGCCGCCAUGGACGACCUGCUCGCCGGCGAGUGCAUCUACAACUUGCUGCCCAGGCCCGAGGAACCGCCUCGCCACCGGCUCAAGUAUUAUUCAAAACAACGGAAAAUGGUACAAGAGGAGUUGGAGCGUAAGAAAUCUUCUUACAAAACAAUGGGUUUACCCAAGGUUGAGCCUCCUUGUCCAAGACAUCAUCUGUUGAAGCAUUCCAAGGAACCAAAACUACCAGACAGGGAACCUUACAAAGUCCCUGUAGAUGGAAUAAUAUCCUCUAUUCCAACUGACAAGCCACUCAUGGGACUCCACACAAAGAAGAAUUUUGUUGAAGCCAAUAUUGCUGAAGUCAAGAUGUCAGUCCCCAAGAAGCCUGUGCCCAUCUAUGUUGAUACCAAAAGAGGAAAUAGAAACUUAUUGGAACCAUCAGGGCUUCUUCCGACCCUCCUGCACAGAAAGGGCUAUGGGAAAAUACCAGAUUAUAUCAUCAAGCGGACAGUAGAGGAGAAGAAAGCCCAAGAAGAAUAUGAUGCCUAUGUUAAAGAGCGUAUUCGGCAAGGCUCCAUGAAACUGUUAUCUGAAGAGGAGCGAAACAAUGUGUUAAUGGGACUAAAGCAGAACUGGGAGGAACUGAAUCAUUCAUUUCAAGGUCUUUCAAUAUUGAUUGAUACUGUUUCCAAGCAAAACCAUAAAGAAAAACUUGAGAACAAAAUGAAAAAACUAGAGCAAGACAUUGACCUGAUUGAGAGGCACAAAUUUAUAUAUAUUCCACAACAUUAAAUACCUUAUUAAACUUAUUACGUAUGUUUUGGAAAAGGUGAACUGUAUUAUAAAAUGCACCUUGUAACCAUUUGAUUCUAGUAAUUUAUCACAUAAUAUGUCUAUAGUUAUCAUAUUUAGAGGAUGUAUGCAUGAAAGUGCAAAAAUGGAGAAUUUAAAUGUAUUGUUAGCACAAAUUUUGUGGGGGGGGGAGGGGGUUUAACAAUUCUUUUAAGGUAACAAGGAAACUAUUUUGUAUUGUACAAACAUUUUGUAUCAAUAAUAUUGAUUUUUAUGAGAAGCUAUCAGCGGGUUUGAAUCUAUCAUUUCAGAUUUCUUAAUGGAUUAAUAUUUACACUUCGGGAGUUACCAUGUCACAGGAUAUGGAAAAUGGUUGAUCAAUAAAUCAGUUGGGGAAUGUCCACAAUAAGGCAUUGGAAAAGAUCACAAUACUCUGGCAGGGAUAUCUUUGUAAAACAACACCUCAAGACAUAAAUUGGCAUGUAAAGAUAGUCAGCCAUUGCAGAGAAACACUAAGAAGACAUUAAAUUGAAAACAUUGCAAAUGUAUUCUGCAUCCAUUGAAGACGAACAAAAUAAUCGACAGGAAGAAAGAUCCCUUGAAUAGAUUUCCUAGUUGUGGUCCACAACGCUCAUGUGUAAAGGCAAAUCUUACAAAAGUAGCUGGAAGAUUAUGACAAUAAAUUGUGAACUCAUUUGAAAAGCCCGUUUGUGGAUUCAAGAUCUAUCACAGAAAUUUGAACACCAAAUUUAGGUUACUAGUUCAGUAUCGUUCUGGGUGAACACUAAGCUAUACACAGUAUCAGUUUUAAAUGAUACUUUAAAUAGAGACUUAAUUGACCUCAGUUGGACAUUAAAGUAUUUAUUCAUAUUAAAAAGAUCAAUGUUCCACCUUGCACAAAUUUAUCCCUCAACUGCCAUUGUUUGAGAAAAAAAGAUUGCCAUCACAGUAAUGCUCAUAGGACCUCACCUCGUGAAAUUUAGGACGCUACCUUCCCUACCCAACAACAGUAACAAUAGUUCAAAGGGACACCAUUAGCACUAAAGCUUUUGAAAGCGGCACAAAGGUGUGAACGUCAUUGUUCAAAUACAAAGGGAAUAGAAUGCAAGGUGUGGUUAUUUGAUCACUGACCUUGAAAGCUCGGCUCACACCUUGAGAGGGGAAAUUAAGGAGAACUCUGAUUUACGGCAAGAUGGUAAGCUUGGAGGAGUGGGAGGAAAACAUUCCUGCGCCCCUGCCUGAAUGAUGUGCUGUACAGGGACUUCCCAGAAUCACCCUGUCUCCCUGCAGCUGCUGAGCUUGCAUAUGUGGGGAGUCUGACAUACAAAGGGUUAAAUCGGAGACCUACUCCCAGAGGGUAGUUCAUUUUUCUGGCCCAUUCCUGCCUCCAUUACACCAGAAGCGGGCAGAUUGGACAGGCAUUAUGACAGGCGAUAAAUAAUGUUUUGAUAUUUCAUCCAGAACCAACCUAUCUAUUUUUGUGUCUGAAACCCCCCACCCCGUCAUAACUUGCAUUAUAAUGUCAAUGUGUUUUUUCAAUUAUUUUCUUUUGGGCUGCAGCAAAACUGCUUGAAGAAGGGGUUCCAUUGAAGCACUUUUUGUUGGAAUGUUUAAAUUUACCUUACCAAUAUUUAUUCAUAUGGAUGUGCACUUGGAGUGGAAUCACCCCUCAGAGUCCUUCACAAUGUACAGUCUAGAUGGAGCUAUCAACCCAUCAAAUAAACAUUUGCUAAAUUCACAGAAUUGAGAAGGUUUUGAGGAGGCUCUUAAUAAAACUACAGGGAGGAAGGGUGAGGAUUUUUUUAUUUUUCCAGUAGGCAGAAUCUAUUUCAUAGCCAAAUUGCAUAGUUGUAAUGUUAUUCUGUUCCUGCCAUAUGAGUACUCACAGAGCCACUAACUUGUUUAUUUGAAACACUGGAACCUUGUGUACCAUGGGGAGAUUCUAAGUGAGGAUUAACUAUGCUUUAAACAAAACAUCACUGACUCUUACACUGGGGUAAAUUGUACGGUGUUUUCAGUGAAAUCUGUACGUCACAGGAAAAAAACAGAAUGCGGGGACAUUUAUGUGAUGCUUUCAAUACAAACAAGGUAUCAAAAAUGGCAAUUACCUCUACUUUCUCCUCCAGCUUUCAAAUUCAACCUGUAUUCUAGAAUUUCUGAAAUAGCACGACUCAACUCAUCCCCCCAGACCAUUGCCCUGUCUGGUGGAGCCGUCGGGUGGAAUGCAAAGCGACCCCACUGUCUGACACAGCGCAAUACAAAGGGUGGGAAGCCUGACAGGAGCACGUCCCCACUAUCCUCCCAAAGCCACCUUCUGCAAUCCUCACCCACGCCCUUUGAACCUUACUUUAUGCGUCCAGAUGCGCUCUAGAUUAAGGAGGUUUUAAUGUCUGUUUAGUAGGAAGUCCGAACGCAUAUUGUUUCUCCAGUAUCUUUGCCAUCAUUGUUAGUGCAACCGUUGUGACAACUCUUAUUUCUAACACAUACUAAUUUUUUCAAUCUCUAAGUCUGAAUUUCAGCAAGGGUUAUUGGAAAUCAGGCUAAUCACUCCUACUCUGCCAGAACAGUUUUCAAUAUGGGCAGGUGGAAAUAAAUGGGUUGUUCGUUUCUCUGCGCCUGCUGUCUGACCCGUUUCCAAGGCAGCAAAAACCUACAGGGACAUAAGAAAUGAGCUCGCUAUUACAUCUGUCACUGUAACCUAUCCCAGAGACAGCAUGUGAUGUUUACAUUUUUAUUUUCCUGAGCACCCCGCCCUGAUCAGAUGUGAAAAUUCCCAAUUCCUGUCAAUUGCCUCAUCUUUAAUGUGUGAUGGGUAGCCAGUCCGGUGGGCGCAGAGUGUUCGAUUGGGAUUUCAAAAAUGCUUUCCUAAUGCCGGAAUCCAUUUAGUUCUACUUUUCAUGUCAAUACAUACAAACCACGAUUAUUCAUAACACAGUGGCAAAACAUUCAUGCCUAAUGUAAAUUAAGAACUCCCAAAUAUGAAAGAGAACUAAAUAUUGUUCAAAUUGGUUAUUGUUCACGUAAGCUUUUUCUAGGUGCAUUGCAGACAUUUUUAAGGCAGAACUGUGAAAAAUAUCUCCUCUUAAAAAAUAUUAUUGAUACCAGAAUGUGUAUUUUACAAAAACAAAUUUAAUGACUGCACAAAUCUUUUUCACAUUAUGUAAUAGCGACAUAAUUCUUCCUUGGACAAAAUAAAAACAUAUGGUUCUUGGUGUUGGCGGUGAUUUAUUAUUAUCAUAUGUACUGAAAUACAGUGAAAAACGUGGUUAUGUUUGCUAUCCAGGUAAAUCAUUCAUGCAUAAUUAUAAUCAAAACAUACAUGAGGGCAAUAGGCAAUGCAAAAAGAGAAAGGAUAGCUGCAGAAUAUAGUGCUACAGCUACAGAUAAAAUGUGGAUAAAAGUGCAAAGACCACAACAAGUUAGGUGGAAGGUCAUGAUUAAAGCCCUAGCACAUGAGCGCUCCAUUUAAGAGCCUGAUAACAAUGGGGAGGAAGCUGUUCUUGAAUCUGAUGGCAUGUUUUGUUUAGAGAUACAGCACGGAAACAGCCUCGCCGUCCCACAGAGUCCGCACCGACCAGUGACCCCCCACACAUUAACACUACCCUACACACACUAGGGACAAUGUUACACUUAUGUGGAAUGUGGGAGGAAACCGAAGAUCUUGGAGAAAAUCCACGCAGGUCACAGGGAGAACGUACAAUCCCCGUACAGACAGCACCCGUAGAUCGAACACGGGUCUAUGGUGCUGCAAGUGCUGUAAGGCAGCAACUCUACCGCUGCACCACCGUGCCAUAGGCUUUAAGCUUUUUUAUCUUCUGCCGAAUGGGAGAGAUCCUUGAUUAUAUUGGCUGUUUUCCCAAGGCAGUGUGAUAAGUAGAUAGAUUCAAUGGGUUGGGGGGAGGCGUGGUGGAAGGCCGGUUUACGUGAUGUACAGGGCUGCAUCCACAACUCUGACAUUUCUUGUAGUUUUGGGGAGCGUAAUUGCCAAAUCAAGUUGAGAAGCAUGGGGAUAGGAUGCUUUCUACGGUUAAUCUGCAGAACUUGGAAAGAGUCAUUGGAACCGUGCCCAAAUCCCUUAGUCAUCUGAGGAAGAGGCGACAUUGGUGUACUUUAUUGGUUGUAAUGGCAAGGUGGUUGGACCAAGACAAGUUUUUGGUGAUAUUUAUACCUUAGAACUUCAACCUUCUUUGUCAUCUCCACUUCAGCACAAUGGGUGUGUACUCCACCUGCUUUCUAACAUUGAUGACUCGCUCCUUCGUUUUGCUGAUAUUGAGGGAGAGGUUGUUAUCUUGAUGCAAUGUUAUUAAGGUCUCUAUCUCAUUCCUGUACUGUGCCUCAUCAUUGUUUGAGAUCGGCCUACUUCAGUGGUGUCAUAGGGUUACGGAUUCAUGCGGCCAACUUGUAUGUGCCGACCAAAAUGCUCAUCUAACCUUGUCCAUUUUGCCAACAUUUGGCCAUAUCUAUCUAAUCCAUUCCCAUCCAUUUACCUGUUUAAAUGUAUUUUAAAUGUUGUUUUUGUACCUGCCUCAACCCUUCCACUGGCAGCUUCUUCCAUAUACCCACCAACCUAAGUGAAAAAGUUGCCCCUCAGGUUCCUAUUAAAUCUUUCCCCUCUCACAUGUUUUCUGGUUCUUGAUUUCCAUUUGGCUACACAGGCAUGAGUGUAUAGUAAAGGGAGUAUAGUAAAGGGGUUGAGAAUGAAGCUUUAUGGGGUCCUUUUUGAGAAAUAUUGUAGAUGAUUCAAGAUUGUUCCCGAUGUUGGGGACGUCCAGAACAAGGGGUCACAGUUUAAGGAUAAGGGGGCAAUCUUUUAGGACCGAGAUGAGAAAAACAUUUUUCACACAGAGAGUGGUGAAUCUCUGGAAUUCUCUGCCACAGAAAGUAGUUGAGGCCAGUUCAUUGGCUAUAUUUAAGAGGGAGUUAGAUGUGGCCCUUGUGGCUAAAGGUAUCAGGGGGUAUGGAGGGAAGGCAGGUACAGGAUACUGACUUGGAUGAUCAGCCAUGAUCAUAUUGAAUGGCGGUGCAGGCUCGAAGGGCCGAAUGGCCUACUCCUGGUUUCGGCCCGAAACGUUGCUUUUUUCCUUCGCUCCAUAGAUGCUGCUGCACCCGCUGAGUUUCUCCAGCUUUUUUGUGUACCUUCUAUGUUUCUAUGAUGUUUUGCCAACAAUUCAUCCUGAAUGUCGCCUAGGAC